AGAAGCCUGCUCUACACCUGCUCUUCAGAGGAGAUUCCACAGAAAGCCUCAUCCAGAAGACAAUGAUUCCGUAUCUAGAAAUUUGCAGAAAACGUGAAAUGAGCGAAUCGGAGUCAUUGGGUGGGAGCAGUGCGUCAACGACAGCCGGAAGCGACGAAUACACCAUGUCGCAGAUUUUCGGUGCUGCCGGGCGUCCUAUUCCACUCUCGACGUUCGGUACAGCAAUUCCAAACUCUUGGGGAUCAGCCGUAUCGCAGCCGAUGCUUGCGGGCUCAUUUGGCUUGGCACCUACACCUCCACCAGUCAUUCAAGAGAUCGUCAAGUGCACGCUGUGCCUGGAACCAUACCGUGAUCCGAAGGUUCUUGCGUGCUUCCACUCGUUUUGCAAAGGUUGUCUGGCAAAACAUCUCGAACAGCCGGAGCGCAUCAUCUGUCCACAGUGCCACAUGGAGACUCAGUUAAGCGUACAACUCGGUUUAGACUCGUUGCUCACUGACUUCGGGCUCGAGUCAGUAAUGAACAAGCAACAACAGUUGUUCGCCAAUAUGGGACUCUCCGACAUUGGAGCUCCAACACCAUCAACAGCCAUUCCUGUUCCAAAUGCCCAUCUUCAUCCAUCGAUGGUUGCAGGAUCGGAUCCUUCAAAUCCUGUUGUUGGGUUCGGAUUUGGAUCACCAUCAUCAACCACAUCCUCAUCUCCACCAUUGAGUAAUUCGCCGACGAUUGAGCAACAACAGCAUGCUCAACUCACCGCCAUGAUGCAAGGAAUUAUGAGCAACAACAAUGUAGCAGUCAGCAAUGGAUCUGGAGUGCAGGUCGCCUCGGUUCCAGCAGUUCACUGCAGUGGGUGCAAGUCCAAUGAGACGGCAACUUCGUUCUGUCAAGACUGCAACGCGAAUCUCUGUGACAACUGCACAAUGGCCCAUAAAUUCAUGCACUGCUUCGCAGAUCAUCGUGUUGUCAGUCUCACUACACCUGGAACUGGCUCUUCAUCAUCGUCAACAUCGAGUUCGUCAUCAGCAUCUUCAACUUCAUCACAUCAAGUGCCAUCACUUGGGGGAAAACAAUCACCAGAUAGUAUGAUGCUUGGAUCCGGAAAGCGAUCAGUACUGUGCCUCCAGCAUCGUGCUUCAGAACUCGUCUUCUUCUGUGUGUCGUGCAAUUUGGCAAUCUGCCGUGAUUGUACUGUUUCUGAUCAUCCAUCGGGAACCCAUCAGUAUGAACUUAUUGCUGACGUCGCCGACAAACAAAUGCUCAAAAUGGAGCAAUUGAUUGCAGAUGCGCGGAGUAAGCAUGCCGAUAUGCUCGAUAUGUUCAAGCAGGUUGACAAUAAGCAACAAGUUCUGACAGCCUCGUUGCACAAUGCACAUGCUCAACUGGAAGAGACCGUUUCGAAUUUGAUCAAUGUUAUUCAAGAUCAGAAGAAGACUUUGGCAAAGGAUAUUGAUAACGCUUUUGCAGCCAAGCAGAUCCAACUCACCAUGGUCGACAAGCGGAUUCAAUCGAUGGCCGACAAACUAUCUCAGACAAUUGAAUUCUCUCGUAGAUUGAUGUCCUUCGCGUCGCCAGCGGAGGUUAUGGUAUUCAAACAGCUUCUUGAUACCCGUCUCCAAUUGUUCCUCGGAUUCAACCCUGAUACCAGUGGAGUUCUGAUGACCCCAUGUGAGAUCGAAUAUCUUGGAGCUGCUGGACUUUUCAAUAACUCGGCAUCUACAGUCUCACAACUUCUUGGAUCAGUUCACGGAGGAAGUCCAAUCAACAAUGCCCCAGCAGCAAAUGACUUUUUGAUGCCCCAAGCCGGACUUGCACCAAUCGGACGAGCACAAAGCCGUAUCAUCCCAAUCGAACAAAACCAACUUGCUCGUUCUCCGCCACAUCACAUUGCUGGUUCUCUUCCAAUGAAUGCAUAUUCUGAUUCUAAUCUUCUUCGUCCAAAUAAGGACUUUGGUGGAUCCUCGCAAUCAUUGGGACCAUUCAAUCCACUUGGAGCGUCUGUUCCAGGUGCUGCUGCUGAUCCAUUCUCAUCUCAGUAUGAUAAAUGGAGCCUUGGAGUUGAACCAUCAGUUGGAGGUCUUCUCGAAGGUGGAAACGUUGACGAGGAGAAAUUCCAAACUUUGUUCCCACCAUCAAGAUCUCAGAUUAAGCGUCAGAAGAUGAUCUAUCAUUGCAAGUUCGGAGAGUUUGGAGUCAUGGAAGGACAAUUCACUGAGCCAUCUGGAGUUGCUGUCAAUGGACAGGGCGACAUCGUCGUUGCUGACACCAAUAAUCACCGUAUCCAGGUGUUCGACAAGGAAGGUCGUUUUAAGUUCCAAUUUGGAGAAUGUGGCAAACGCGAUGGACAAUUGUUGUAUCCAAAUCGUGUGGCUGUCAACCGUACCACCGGCGACUUUGUUGUCACUGAGAGAUCGCCAACUCAUCAGAUUCAAGUGUACAACCAGUAUGGGCAAUUCUUGCGUAAAUUCGGCGCCAAUAUCCUCCAACAUCCACGUGGAGUGUGUGUUGAUAGCAAGGGACGCAUCAUUGUUGUUGAGUGCAAGGUCAUGCGUGUAAUCAUUUUCGAUAUGUUCGGCAACAUCUUGCAAAAGUUCUCAUGCUCUCGCUAUCUCGAGUUCCCCAACGGCGUGUGCACCAACGACAAGAACGAGAUUCUGAUAUCUGAUAACCGUGCUCAUUGCAUCAAGGUGUUCUCCUACGAAGGACAAUAUCUUCGCCAAAUCGGAGGCGAGGGAGUCACCAAUUACCCAAUUGGGGUUGGAAUCAACUCUCUUGGAGAAGUAGUUGUCGCUGAUAACCACAACAACUUCAACUUGACUGUCUUCUCUCAGGAUGGAACCAUGAUUGGAGCUCUUGAGUCACGUGUCAAGCACGCUCAGUGCUUCGAUGUUGCUCUUGUUGAUGAUGGAUCAGUUGUACUUGCAUCGAAAGACUACCGUCUUUACCUCUACCGCUUCCUUCCGGCCACAUCUGGACAGUCAACUUCUUCCGCUUCUAGCCAGAUCUAGAUAUGAUUGAAGUUAUCUAAGGCAAGAGUAAGACCUGGAGUAACCUCAUGGAGCAGCAGGCUGAACCCCCACCCCCACCUUUUUCUUCUUGUAAAUGUGAAUAGAAUUUUCUACUUCUAUCUGCCCCGUAAAAUGUGAUUUUCGGCCCAAUAUUCCUCUCCGUGCAUCCCCUUAAAGGUGUUCUUCUGAGCUCUCGGAGCUUUUCCUUCCAGUUUUUUUCUUUUUGAAUUUUUUAUUUCCUGGUUUUUCGUUGUUUUUGCUUUCUAUUCGUCGUUAAAUGUGUAUUUUUUAAUUGGAGCAGUGCUCCGUUCCCCGUUUUUUAUUGUUGAUCACCCAAAUCAGUUGGGCUCAUUUGGCUCUUUCUAAGUUGUGGAUUUUCACGACUGUCCUUGUCUAAGUCCCGCCCACGUUUUUAUUGCUGAGCCUGGUGCUCGUUCUUGUAAAAUGAUUUCCCCGUUUUGUAAUUUUUAGUCCCUUAUGUUAUCCCUCCCAUCUAAGAUCCUUUUUUCUCUUUUUUUCCGGUAAUUAGUCUACAUGCGUCGGUGUCAAUGGUUUUCGUAGGGUUAAGAGAGCGUCUAAGACGAGCUGGUCUCGAUCUAUUCACCGAAAGCACAUGCUCCCCGAGCCAUUUUCAUCUUCUGCUGUUUUUUAUUUAUUAAGUUCCCAUCGCUGCUUUUUUGUUUGUAUGGCGCCUGGAAGCGCAUUUUUUAUUGCAUCCGUAUCUAUCCACCCCUUGUCAGUAAAAAGUCCCUCACAUAUGUUAUCUUUUUUCCUUCUUAUUCUAAUUUUCGCUUAAAAAUGCACUUCUCUACCCAUCCCCCGUCCCAAUUCUAACCUUUAUCAUUUUUUAUUUUUCAUUCCCCUAAGCUCCUCCCCCUUUACUUUUCCGUAAUUUCGAGUAGAUUUCUUAUUUAUAUGGGCAGUUUUCUUGUUAUGUGUGUUUAAAGGCUCCACUUAAAAUUCCCAUCCCAACCCCAAAAACAUUGGAGCAUUCGAUACUAUUUUUUAGUGGUUUUGUUGUUGAUUUUGGUGUCAACCCUACUCGUCCUUAAGCUUUUUAACCGGUUUUGUACCCUCUUAAAAUUCCUAUUUUCUGUUUUUUUUUUUCAUUUUUCAUCGUCGUUUUUAUGUUGUUUCUUUUUUCUUCAUUUCUUCGGCAGGCUGGUUCCUGUUUUUUCCCCAAGCAACUUCAUAUUAUUUUUGGCGAGAGAAACUUGAUGUUAUUUUCUUUUUUGUUGUAUUUUUCUUUUUUAUUAGCUUUUUCUUGCUUUUUUCCCACAAAAAUCGUCUGUUUCCCAUUUACCUUCCACUGAAAAUUCCAUCUUUUCGUGUAGAAAUAAAUGAGAAUCGGUCCAAACAAAUUUUUUUUCAAAAGUCGAAUUCAAAAAAAAAAACAACCAAUAGAUUUUUCUGAACGUACGUAGGAAAAAAACUAGUAACUUGACACCAUAAAUCGAUGGCUUGAUCUUUAAAAAAGACUAACCAUUCGCACAUUUAGAAUUGUAAAUAGGAUUUUUCGCCACCGAAAAAACAUUUUUUUCAUUAACUUUUUUUCUAAUUUUUUUCUCUUUUUUUCGCGUUGAUCGCCUUCCAUCCCAAGUUUUGUAAAAAUUGAUGUUUUAGUAGUUUUUUUUCGCAAUUUGUUUAUUUGAUUGUAAUCCAACGUUUUUGUAUGUCUUUUUGUAAUUUUGCGAAAAUUCAUUAUUCAAAUGUUUUGUUGUCCAUGAAAUUGAUUCAAAUAAAUUGUUAUCGAG